UGUCCCCAACCCAUUGACACUAACCCUAAUCGAGCUCUUUCACCUUCGAAACCACUCGCUUGGAAGAGCUCCUCCCAUUCCUUCGCCCUUCACCCUUCGCCCUUCGCCUUCCAAACCACUCGUCACAAUCUUCUUCAUCUUCUUAAUCUUCAUCUUCGUCUUCAUACUCUUCUUCUCUUUCUCGUUCUUCUUCCAUUCUUUCUGCAUCUCUCUGUUCACCUUCGAGCUCUACCAAACAUGGGCGACGGCAAGGUCAAUCUCCUCGACGAUCUCUUCUCCUCCAAGCCCUCCGAUUCUGUCAAUGCUUUAGCUAGAGCGAGUGGGUUCUGUGUUGUUUUCUAUGAAGCUGUGUUGGGAUAGAUGGAAUGAAGCAUCCGUAGUACAUGGCACGGAGAAAGGGAUUGCUGGGGUACUUGAUGAUUCAAAAGAUCAAGUUUCAUCGGACAGCAGCAUCCCAUUAUCCCCGCAGUGGCUUUAUUCCAAACCUGUUGACUCAAAAGCAACUGCCAACCCAGUGGGGGUUGUCCUUAAGGAUAUAUGGAAUGGAAAAAUUACUAGUAGUGAAGUUUUGGGAUACUCAUUUAGAGGAAAAGAUGGAGGGUUGAAUGAUGAUAUUUCAGUUCCUGGUACAACCUUAAGUGAAAGAAAACAAACUUUAAUUGACGGUGGUGGAAAGGUUAUCUCGGGAAUUGAAAUCUCAAAUGAUUUUGAUCAAAUUGCUGGUUCAUCUAGAAAUGCAGUUAAUGGAUGCAUGAGCAGCAGAAAAGCAUUAUUAUCAACAGAGCAUUAAUAAAGAGGGUAAAACAAGAUAUAAAAGCUGUGAGUAAAUGUAAUUCCUGAGUGUUUUUUAUUUUCAGCUAAUAAGGAGUCUUAUUUCAAGGCCAGAUUUUAGGUACAAUUUUCUUCAUAUCUGAAUUGCUAAUGUCAAUAUUAUGGGAUUGCAUGUCCCAUUUUAUUUUGUAGUGUACUUGUAUUUCUACAGGGGAUAUUAAGUGUGAGAAUGUGAUGAUCACAUCCUCGAAUUGGUUGUACCUUGCGAACUUUGCAUCCUUCAAACCUACUUACAUUCCAUAUGAUGACCCAUCGGAUUUUUCUUUUUUCUUUGACACUGGUAGAAGAAGACUCUGUUAUCUAGCACCUAAGACUGGUUUGAGGUUCCAGAGCCAUGCUGUCCUUGCUUUCCACGAAGCUGCUGAAGCCUACUUGGUUGGUUUGUUUGAGGACACCAACUUGUGUGCCAUCCAUGCCAAGAGGUCACCAUAAUGCCCAAAGACAUUCAGCUUGCUCGCCGCCUCCGUGGUGAACAUGCUUAGGCUAAUUGAUUUCCUGCUUCUUGAUCACUUCAGAAUACACCUUGUGUUACUAGUUUAGUAUUGUUCAUGUUUCCUAUGCCAUUGUAUAAUUCUUGACAACCUUUUAGGUUUCAAUUGAUGUCUUUAGAAUGAUUAUUUUGGUUAUGGUACAGUAGAUCAUAGAAAGAUACUACAAAUGGAAUUAUUUGAUUACUGGUGUAAGAUAGUUUAUUUUGGAUUUAG